AUGGCUGACUCAGUGCUCGAUGGCGGAACGGGAUUCCUCAAGGCUGGCUACGCCGGUCAGGUACGCCAACCACCAUACAUGCCCACCUACCGCUCAAUCCAUACUGAAACGUCGAUGCUAUACNAGAACUUCCCCGAGCAACAGUACCCAUCCAUCGUCGGUCGCCCAAUUCUCCGUACCGAAGAGCAGGCUGGUCUAGAUGUCCAGCUCAAGGACAUCAUGUGCGGUGACGAGGCCGCUGCUGCCAGAUCCAUGCUCCAAAUCACCUAUCCCAUGGAGAAUGGUAUCGUCAAGCGCUGGGACGACAUGCAACAUCUCUGGGACUACACCUUCUUCGAGAAGAUGAAGGUUGACCCUACCGGCCGCAAGAUCCUCCUCACCGAACCACCAAUGAACCCCUUGAAGAACCGCGAGAUGAUGGCCGAAGUCAUGUUUGAACGCUACAACUUUGGUGGUGUCUACGUCGCCAUUCAAGCCGUGCUUGCCCUCUACGCUCAGGGUCUGUCAUCUGGUGUUGUUGUGGACAGCGGUGAUGGUGUCACCCAUAUCGUUCCCGUCUACGAAAGUACCGUCCUCAACCACCUCACCCGCAGACUCGAUGUUGCUGGAAGAGAUGUCACGCGCAACCUCAUCUCCCUCCUGACCCGCCGCGGUUACGCCCUCAACAGAACCGCUGAUUUCGAAACCGUCCGCGCCAUCAAGGAGAAGCUCUGCUAUGUUUCUUACGAUCUCGCCCUCGACAAGCAACUUAGCGAAGACACCACUGUUCUUGUCGAGUCCUACACCCUUCCCGACGGUCGUGUCAUUCGCGUUGGUUCCGAACGCUUCGAAGCUCCCGAAUGUCUGUUCCAACCUCACCUUGUCGAUGUCGAACAACCUGGUAUCGCCGAAUUCNUCUUCAACACCAUCCAAGCUGCCGAUGUCGAUGUCAGAUCAAGUCUGUACAAGGCCAUUGUCUUGUCUGGUGGUAGCAGCAUGUACCCUGGUCUUCCCAGCAGAUUGGAAAAGGAACUCAAGCAACUUUGGCUCCACAAGGUCUUGCAAGGAAACCCCGAGAGAUUGAGCGUGAGUAAUGUUCAGCUCCCACUUGACAUUCACACGGCUAAUGAGAAUUCAACAGNNAAAUUCAAGGUCAGGAUAGAAGACNCCCCGAGAAGAAGGCAUAUGGUCUUCUUGGGAGGUGCAGUCCUCGCAAACAUUAUGGCCGACAAGGAAAGCAUGUGGAUAUCCAAGCAAGAGUGGCAAGAACAAGGUGCUCGCGCUCUGGACAAGCUGGGCGCUCGAUGA